AUUUCAUUACCAAUUUUCCUUUUCCCUUUAUCUCAGUGAAUGAAAGAACGUUAUUCCUAAGCUCAAACAUCGAAAAGCCCUACUGAAUAAACUACCCUUCCUUACCAAUUCCUUCUCUGAUUAACUGUUUAUAUAAAAAAUCAAAGCCUCCCACUGUUUUUUGAACGCUAUCGUUGAAUGGCCAACCCUCAUUAUAUUAAACAGUCAAUCUCGAGAUCAAAACACCAACAACACCAACAACAGCAGGGUUGCUCUUAUCCGCGGUCAAUAGCUUACAGCCAUCUCAGCUCUUCUAUACCAGCACAACCUAUGAGCGCCUCCUGUGGUUUGAAUAAUCUUGGUUUAGAAUAUGCUUCUUAUGACAGUAUUCGUACAGACUUGAGUAUCAACAGUAGAGAUGUCAUUAUUGCAGAUCAGUGGGUGGUACUAGGAAGAAUUGGCGAAGGGUCAUUCGGUGAAGUUUUCGAAGGUACGCUAUCAAAAAAUAACGGACAGUGACAACUAGUAUUCACCCUACUUUUUCAAUGUAUUUAAUUUUCAAUCAUCAGUUGAGGAUAUAAACACGUUUA